GCAGGGCCGCCAGAGCCGCGCUGAGGGCGGGGAGCCUGCGCCGCUCCGUGUGCGCGCCCCGCGGGAAGCGCCGCGCAGGGCUGGCCUCGGCAGCGUGCGCGUUUCCUGGCGAGCAUGGAGGUGUUCCCGUCCCCGCUGGAGUCCGCCAAGUUCAUCGCCGAGCACAGCAAAGAUGUCUCCGUGGACGAGGAGGGGGCGCGGCGGGUGGCGGAGAGCCUGUUCGACAAAGCCUCGACGGUGGAGUUCGGGUUGGCGGGCUGGAAAAGCCUCCACGAGCUGAACCCCCGGGCCGCCGACAAGGACGCUGUGGACUGGGUGUUCCUGGUGGACACCCUCAACUUCUCCUUCUGGUCUGAGCAGGAGGAGCGGAAGUACCUUGUGAAGUACAAGGAUAAAACCUACAGCGGCUACUGGUCGCUCUGCGCCGCCGUCAACAGGGCCCUGGACGACGGAAUACCUAUCACCAGUGCAUCCUAUUUUGCCACCAUGACGCUUGACCAGGUUAGGCAUGUAUUUCGCUCUGACACAGAAGUGCCUUUACCUUUGAUUGAAGAAAGACAUCGGGUGCUGAAUGAAAGUGGAAUAGUUCUGUUAGAGAAGUUUGGAGGCUCUUUCCUCACCUGUGUUAAAAUGAGUGAGAAGAGUGCUCAGAAACUGCUACAUCUUGUACUGGAAAAUUUUCCUUCUUACAGAGAUGAAGCUGUAUUUGAGAAAAAGAAGGUGUCUUUCUACAAACGAGCACAAAUACUUGUGGCUGACACAUGGAGUGUAUUAGAAGGCAAAGGAGAUGGCUCUUUUGAUGAUAUUUCUAGUCUGACAAUAUUUGCUGACUACAGAAUUCCUCAAGUUCUUGUUCACCUGAAAGCAAUGAAGUAUUCUGAAGAGUUAAUGAAGAAGCUACGUGAAGGAACGCUUUUUCAGUCUGGAGAUAAAGAAGAGGUAGAGAUCCGUGGCUGUUCUAUUUGGUGUUGUGCAUUGAUUUGUAAGCACCUUCAGGAGCUGUAUCAGAAGAAGGGUCAGGACAUGCAUGGAAAGAUCAAUGCGGUUUUACUCGAUUACUAUCUUUGGGACUACGCCAGGGAUCACAGGGAAGACAUGAAAGAUAUCCCAUUUCACCGAGUACGGUGUAUAUAUUACUAAGUCCAGUCUGAUAACUGUUGUAUUGUUGCCUUAUCUCUUGAACUGCCGUUUUGCUUUUCAUAUGGUGGUUUGUUGUGCACUAAUUCGGAACUGUUACAUCAAAUACUUCUUUUCUAGUGAUGUAUUAACUACUUUGUUUUUUGUCCAUUGUUUUGUUACCUUUUCUCUUAAUCUUUUGUUUGCCCUGAAUCAAAUCAAGUGUAAACUUUGCAGGCAACCCAUGUUAAGGCAGGGUUUGUUACUCCUGUUUUGUGCUCUGUAUUGGUGUAUGUGGCUGCCUGUGCGCACAGCCAGGUGUGUGUGCAGAUGCUGUGGUGUACUGUUAUAAACACGUAUUAUAGUGUUGGCUUUCGCAAAUGUUAAGAUGAGUGAUAUGUGUACAAUGUUGCCUUUUUUGCAUAAGUAGCUUAGUUAUGCAGACACAGUGGUAAAAUCAUCUGAUGGGUUUGUUUUUCUUUUGUAACUCAGGUACAGUUAUAGAAUACUUGUGGUUAAACUGAAGUGUUAUGGCUUGUGACUGAAACAUUUCCAUAAAGGAUACUUUUCAUAUGAUAGCAAAACUAUACAAAAUUGGCAAAGAAAGUCACCAAAAAGCCCUGAAUGAGGCCCUAGGGCCAGUGGUCCUUAAAGAUAAGAAGCAGCUCAGAGUUGGGGAAAAGGAUUCAUACAUUCACAAAGAAAUCAUGAUACUUAGCACCCUCGGGGUGGGGAGGCCAUUGCCCCAGGCAAUGACAGGGCUGUCAGAUGCCAGGCCAGCACAGGCCCUGACAGCGAAAGGGUAGAGGUGGAAGGAACAGAGGCUUUGGGACGUGUGUGGAAAGUCUCUAGUCAUAGUCGUGUCCUCUGCUUGUUGGUGGGACCCCCAGUCUUCRGAUGGGCUUAUCUGCAUGGACAGCCCAGGGGCCCCUGCUAUGGACACUUCCUUAUCAACAACUGUCAUCUACUGAAACCACUGAACRGGGGAAAGGGGGUACACCGGAGGAGAUGCCCUGCUAAACAGUUCCUAGAAAAGUUUGAAUAUGCGUAAAUGCCUAUGAAUAGCCAUUACGCUGAUGUAAUCYGAAAUGUAUUUAAAGAUGUCUCCUGUCAAUAGCAGAUGUGCCUCUGGCAGCUAGCCAAACACCCAGCGCCGUAUCCUUUUGCUUUUAUGUACUCUAUUGUCAUUUAUUAAAACCUUUUAAAUUUUAA